AUGGCAGAGAAAUUGAAAGAGGAUGCAACCCAAACUGGAAACAAGGACUUCUUGGUGACGGACGAUCCUGAGCAGCCGAGCGAGUCGCCCACCCAGAAGGAACCGCCCACCCAGAAGGAAUCGACCACCCAGAAGGAGGGUUCGCAGUCCGCAGAGGCCGAGGAAGAAUACUUUACAACAGUGACCGGGCCGAUCGAUGAGGACAUAAAGGAACUGGAAGAGAUGAUUGCCCUGAAGGAGGAGGACUGUAAUAGGCAGUUAUUCAAUCGUCUCCUGAAUAUAAUCGGAGUUGAAAUAAAAAAAAGGCUACAUUUGCAGGACAAGUAG